AUGGCGACCUGGAAAGAGCUUGAGGUUGAUCCGAUGUCGAAAGUUCACCGUGAGACUCUUCCCUCUGGUAAUCGUGAUAGCGGCUGUGGGUCGUCAUGUCUUGGAAGUAAGAACGAGACUUCGAUUCAUCAUAUCAACCCCGGGAUUGAGAGUCCUUAUACUCGGCCGCUGCUUUGGUCGAGAGUACGGGAGUACGGCCGUGAUGCUUUCUCGGAGUUCUUUGGGACAUUGAUCCUCAUCUUAUUUGGUGAUGGGGUUGUUGCGCAGGUCCUGCUCAGCCAUGGCCAGAAGGGUGACUAUCAAUCUAUCUCAUGGGGAUGGGGCCUCGGCGUCAUGCUAGGAGUCUACGCCAGCGGUGCAUCAGGAAGCCACAUAAACCCAGCAGUAACAAUCGCCAACUGCAUCUUCCGCGGCUUCCCCUGGCGCAAAGCUCCAAUCUACAUUCUAGCCCAGAUCCUCGGCGCCAUGAGCGGUGCAGCAAUUGUAUACGGAAAUUACAAAUCAGCCAUCAACGCCUACGAGGGCGGUGCCCAUAUCCGCACUGUGCCAGGUUAUUCGACUACAGCAACAGCCGGUAUCUUCUGCACAUACCCCGCGGAAUUCAUGUCAAAGACAGGGCAAUUCUUCUCCGAGUUCCUCGCCAGCGCCAUACUGAUGUUUAUGAUCUUUGCGCUGAAAGAUGACGGAAACCUAGGCGCCGGAACAUCCAUUCCUCUGGCUUUAUUCUUUGUUGUUUUUGGAAUUGGGGCUUGUUUCGGGUGGGAGACUGGGUAUGCGAUUAAUCUUGCCAGAGACUUUGGUCCUAGGCUUGUGUCGUACAUGCUUGGCUACGGACAUGAAGUCUGGUCGGCGGGUGGUUAUUACUUCUGGGUCCCGAUGGUUGCGCCAAUCCUCGGCUGCGCCUUCGGGGGAUGGAUCUACGAUCUAUUCCUGUACACAGGGACAGACAGUCCGGUCAAUACACCUUGGAUGGGGCUCAAACGGUUGUUCAGGGUUGGGUCUCUUACGCAGAGACGAGUUGUGCUGCAGAGUCCGGUCUGA